UCUAGUCUCAGGAAAUCAAUGGCGCCGGCUGCAGAUGAGGCCAAGUCGGGCAAUGGAGGACAAAUACAAAGGCCAUUUACGUUUAAUGAAAUCGUUCUGAGGAACAGGUUGACUGCCCUUGUCGUUGAUGGUGACAAUUUUUGCCGGUUGCUGCAGCAGGGGAUUCUUCAAGCUUAUGGACUUCAAACUCAAACGGUCGACAAUGGCGACGCUGCGGUUGAGCUCAUUGCCUCGGGUGCGAAAUUCGACCUUAUCCUCAUCGACAUGCUUCUUCCCAUUCUGGACGGCCUUGAGGCUACGAGGCGGAUUCGUGCAAUGGGGGUGAAUUGCAAGAUGCUGGGGGUUACUGCUUUUUCCGGUGAAAGAGAAAGGCAGGCGUUUUUGGCAGCCGGAGUCGAUUUGUUCGUGGAGAAGCCUUUGGGACCUGAGGUUCUGAUUCCCAUCCUUAGGGAACUCGACGGGCAGUAUCCAAGCAUCUAAAAAUUGAAGAUAAAACCGAUGACUU